UCUCAUGUUCUGAUAAGCAGCGCACUUGACGUGGACCAGAGAAGCACUAUUUCGUUUUUAGUCAGUUCCUUUUCGUCUUUCACAUCGUUCGCACCACACACGGAAUAUAUUACCAACCUCCGUUAUGUUGUUGAAACCUUAUCAGCUGGCCAUAGCCAUAGCUCUUUUCUUGGCCUGCUUCAGUCCCGAAAUAAGUUGCUUUGCUCGGAACUUUGGUCGUCCGAAUGCAACGUACUAUGCGCCGGCCCAGACUUAUCCGGGACAUAACUAUACCAGGCCCAACAUUGGCUUCCAGCAGCAUUAUCCAGCUCAGCCCGCUUACAAUUCGGGACCGAAUCCCAUCUACGGCAAUCGUCCUGGAAAUUAUUCGCUUCAUGGUGGAUAUCGUCCCCGCAACAACACCAACAUUUUCGCAAGACUUUUUAAAUUCUGGUAGAAGCUGAAAUAUCCUACAAUCUGAAAUUAAAAUCAUCUUCAAAUUUGUCCAAAAUAACAA